AUGGAUCCAAUCCUGAAGUAUAUCAUAUUGAUGUCAAAAACAUUCCCAAGUACCUCUCCAUGUACUGUCUAUAAUUUGCCCGCUCUUGAAUAUGAUGCUUCUGAUAUACUUGUUGUCAUUGGAAAGGUGCAGGGCAUGGGCAAAUUUGAUAGUGAUACUUGCCACCAUCAUGCUAAAAUUUGGGAGAUGUGUACAACACCAUCUACUCUCAAGAUUUUUUCUAGAGGUACAGAAGGUGUCUUGGGUACUCAUGUUACUUUAAUUUUGAAAUCCAAAGAACCUACUGGUCUUUGUGCAGUUAUUGGAAGAACUCAAGAUUUUCUUCUAGGAGAAUUAGGUACAUCGGAUCAUGCUCUCAUUAAAUUAAUAUGGGAUACUGGAGAACUUGGAGCGAAAAAAGCUUAUUGUGUUCCCUCAAUCGAGAGGGAAGAUUGUGGUUUACUAAUGAUAGCUACAAAUAAUAGGACAACUGGUAAUCUCAGAGCAAUAUCUACCGUCAUGACUCAUCCAAUUGAUGUCAAUCCAAUUCAAGAAGCUUUGAAAAAGAUUAAAGAUGAUGGAGGAAAUUUAAUACAAGUUUUCGCAACAAUCAAUCCAAUAAAAGGGGAGCCGGUGCAUGUUAGAGCAGCUGUAGGAGGUCAACUUGCUGCAUUGUGUGUAAAUACGAAUAUAUACGUAUCCGGUGGUGGAGAUGGACAAGGACCAUGGGGAGGUGGAAAUUUAUCCGAGAUGAAUGCUUUGGUUGUAUCUGAAGGUAAUAGUGGGUUGAAUAUUAUGGCUAUACCUGGAGUCGAUAGUGGGCUGAAUACUAUGGUCAUACCUGGAGUCAAUGACCAGGAUACUAUGGUCAUUCCUCAAGUUUACAAUGGGCUGAAUACUAUAGCUGAACCCGAAGUCACUGAUGGUCUAAAUAUCACGACUAUAUUUGAACUCAGUACUGAGCCAAAACGCAAGAGGUCUCGAUUGGAAUAA